GGGGCGGCGCUGAGUAAAGCUGGGCCGGGCUGGGCCGGGGCCGGGGCUAGGGCCGGAGCCCGAGCCCGGCCUGCUCCGCGGCCUCCGAGGCUGCUGGGGACGAAGGCGGCGGCGGCCCGGCGGGCUAUGGCGGUGGGUGGCGGGUGAUCCGCGGAGCCGAGUGCGGGGAGCUGCGGCGGCGAGGCUGGGCCCGGCCAUGGGGUUCCUGCACCAGCUCCAUCUCCUGCUCUGGAAGAACGUGACGCUGAAGCGGCGCAGCCCGUGGGUGCUGGCCUUUGAGAUCUUCAUCCCCUUAGUGCUCUUCUUCAUCCUCCUGGGGCUGCGGCAGAAGAAGCCAACCAUCCCUGUGAAGGAAGCUUUCUACACGGCGGCCCCACUCACCUCGGCUGGGAUCCUGCCCGUCAUGCAGUCCCUGUGCCCUGAUGGCCAGCGCGAUGAGUUUGGCUUUCUGCAGUACUCCAACUCCACGGUGACGCAGCUCCUGGAGCACCUCAGUGAAGUGGUGGAGCAGAGCAGCCUCUUCGACCCACAGCACCCAGGGCUGGAGGAGGAGUUGGAGUCGCUGCGCCGGCGCCUGGAGGCGCUCAGCAGCAGCGAACCCAGCUCCAUGGAGACCCACUUCAGCAAUCGAGCAGGAUCUGGCUUCACGCUGGCGUGGGCAGCCAAGGACUGGGGCGAGCUGUACCGCUUCCUGACACAGAACAUGUCCCUCCCCAACAGCACGGCUGAGCUGCUCCUGGGCUCCAGCGUUGACCUGCGGGAGGUGUACCGCAUUUUUUUUGGUUCCUUUCCUUUGGUACCCGAUGAGACCCAUGAGCGUGACCUGUGGGAUAGGUUUGGCCCUGGUGAGAAGAUGAUGCAGCUGGAGAAGAGCCUCCCCAGCGGCUGGAGGAGCCUGCAGGAAGGGCUGGUCCACAGGGCGCUUCGGGACCCCGUGGCAGCUCUGCGCCAGCCAGCGCUGCUCCGCCUGCUCUCCCAGGCCCUGGGCCUUGCCAGUACUGCCCCAGCACCCACCACCUCAGACAGCCCCCAAGCCUUCGUCACCGAGAUGGAGGGUAUCCUCUUCACUGCGCCGAUGCUGGAGCAGCUGACGUGUGAGCAGAGCCCAGGGGGGCUGCGUCGCCUCCUGCACGUAGCCCCUGGGCAGCAGCCGCUGCUGCAUGCAUACCGGGUGCUGGCCUGCAAUGGCAGCCAGGCUGCCCGCCGGGAGCACUUCGCCCAGCUGGCCGCUGAGCUCCGGGAGCAGCUGGAUACCCGCAAGAUUGUCAGCAGGCUGAAGCUGGAUGAGGUGAACAGCACAGCCACCCAGCACCGCCUCCGCGCCUUCCUAGAGGACCUGGUGGAGAUGGAGAAGGUUCUCCGUGAUGUGAACAUCCUCUCAGCACUGGCCAAGCUGCUGCCCAGGGGAGCCUGCGCCAGCAAGGCCCCACCACCCACUGCCAACAGCACUGGCUGGGUCAGUGCCAAUGGCACGGCUGGCAACACCACGGCGGAGGAGGAGGGCACCGGCAGGGGCCCGGCCGGCAGCGACGACCCCCAGGGGCAGUUCUCGGCAUUUGUGCAGCUCUGGGCUGGGCUGCAGCCCAUCCUCUGCGGCAACAACCGGACAAUCGAGCCCGAGGCGCUGAAGCAGGGUAACAUGAGCUCACUGGGUUUCACCAGCAAGGAGCAGCGAAACCUCGGCCUCCUCGUGCAUCUGAUGACCAGCAACCCCAAAAUCCUGUAUGCCCCUGUGGGCACUGAAGUGGACAAGGUCAUUCUGAAGGCCAAUGAGACCUUUGCCUUUGUGGGCAACGUCACCCACUACGCCAAGGCGUGGCUGAACAUCUCCCCCGAGAUCCGUGCCUACCUGGAGGAGGGCAGGCUGCAGAGGCGCAUCCGCUGGCUUCAGCAGUUCACCGCUGACCUCCACAAGCACCCAGAGAUCCUCAAUGUCUCUGACAGCGAUGUUCUCCACAAUUUCCUCAAUGGCAACUUCUCCCUGCCCAAUGCCAGCAUCCUGCUCCAGCAGCUGGACACCAUUGACAAUGCUGCCUGCGGCUGGGUCCACUUCAUGGCCAAGGUCAGUGUGGACAUCUUCAAAGGCUUCCCAGAUGAGGAGAGCAUCGUCAACUACACGCUUAACCAGGCCUACCAGGACAAUGUCACAGUCUUUGCCAGCGUCAUCUUCCAGACCAACAGAGAUGGCUCACUGCCCCCCCAUGUCAUGUACAAGAUCCGGCAGAACUCCAGCUUCACAGAGAAGACCAACGAGAUCCGACGGGCGUACUGGCGGCCCGGCCCCAACACUGGCGGCCGCUUCUACUUCCUCUACGGCUUUGUCUGGAUCCAGGACAUGAUGGAGCGCGCCCUCAUUAACACGUUUGUUGGCCAUGACGUGGUGGAGCCUGGCAACUAUGUGCAGAUGUUCCCGUACCCGUGUUAUACCAGGGACGACUUCCUCUUCGUCAUUGAGCACAUGAUGCCCCUGUGCAUGGUGAUCUCCUGGGUCUACUCAGUGGCCAUGAUGAUCCAGCACAUUGUGACGGAGAAGGAGCAUCGCCUGAAAGAGGUGAUGAAGAUGAUGGGCUUGAACAACGCAGUGCAUUGGGUGGCUUGGUUCAUCACUGGCUUUGUCCAGCUCUCCAUCUCAGUCACGGCACUCACCGCCAUCCUGAAGUAUGGCAAGGUCCUCAUGCACAGUGAUGUCCUCAUCAUCUGGCUCUUUCUCGCCAUCUAUGCAGUGGCCACCAUCAUGUUCUGCUUCCUGGUGUCAGUGCUCUACUCCAAGGCCAAGUUGGCCUCUGCCUGCGGUGGCAUCAUCUAUUUCCUCAGCUAUGUGCCCUACAUGUAUGUGGCCAUCCGGGAGGAGGUGGCACAUGACAAGAUCACAGCCUUUGAGAAGUGCAUCGCGUCCCUCAUGUCCACCACAGCCUUCGGGCUGGGCUCCAAGUACUUUGCGCUGUACGAGGUGGCCGGUGUGGGCAUCCAGUGGCACACCUUCAGCCAGUCGCCUGUGGAAGGAGACGACUUCAACCUCUUGCUGUCCAUGAUGAUGCUGAUCGUGGAUGCUGUGGUGUACGGGGUACUCACGUGGUACAUUGAGGCCGUGCACCCGGGCAUGUUCGGCUUGCCGCGGCCCUGGUACUUUCCCUUCCAGAAGUCUUACUGGCUGGGCAACGGGCGAGUGGAGACCUGGGAGUGGACCUGGCCCUGGUCCCGCACCACCCGCCUCAGCAUCAUGGAGGAAGAUCAGGCCUGCGCAAUGGAGAGCCGGAGGCUGGCUUCUCACCAUCCUGCUCUUGUGGCAGAAGAGACACGGGGCAUCGAGGAGGAGCCAACCCACCUACCCCUGGUCGUCUGCAUUGACAAGCUCACCAAGGUCUACAAGACGGACAAGAAGUUGGCAUUAAACAAGCUGAGCCUCAACCUCUAUGAAAACCAGGUGGUGUCCUUCCUGGGGCACAAUGGUGCGGGCAAAACCACCACCAUGUCCAUCCUCACCGGCUUGUUCCCUCCAACCUCGGGCUCUGCUACCAUCUAUGGCCACGAUAUCCGGACGGAGAUGGAUGAGAUACGGAAGAACCUAGGCAUGUGUCCGCAGCACAAUGUGCUCUUCGACAGGCUGACAGUGGAGGAGCACCUCUGGUUCUACUCCCAGCUCAAGAGCAUGGCAGAGGAGGAAAUCCGCAAGGAGAUGGACAAGAUGAUCGAGGACCUGGAGCUCUCCAACAAACGCCACUCCCUCGUGCAGACCCUCUCAGGGGGCAUGAAGAGGAAGCUGUCGGUGGCCAUUGCGUUCGUGGGCGGGUCACGGGCGGUGAUCUUGGAUGAGCCCACAGCUGGUGUGGACCCGUACGCACGCAGGGCCAUCUGGGACCUGAUCCUCAAGUACAAGCCAGGGAGGACCAUCCUGCUCUCCACACAUCACAUGGAUGAGGCUGACCUACUGGGUGACCGUAUCGCUAUCAUCUCCCACGGCAAGCUCAAGUGCUGCGGCUCUCCACUUUUCCUUAAGAGUACCUAUGGUGAUGGCUACAAGCUGACAGUGGUGAAGAAGCAAUCAGACACCAGGAACAGCACAGAGCCAGGCCAGCUGCACAGCCCCCCAGCCCACUCCUCCAUUAGCCCCUGCUCUGAGCCUCGUGUCUCCCAGUUCAUCAAGAAAUAUGUGGCCUCCUGCCUCCUCAUCUCUAACACCAACACUGAGCUCUCCUACAUCCUGCCCAGCGAGGCUGUCAAGAAGGGCUGCUUCGAGAGGCUCUUCCAGCACUUGGAGCAGAGCCUGGAAGAGCUGGACCUCACCAGUUUCGGGCUGAUGGACACCACGCUGGAGGAGGUCUUCCUGAAGGUGUCUGAGGAGGACCAGUCCCUGGAGAACAGUGACGUGGGUACGGGCAGCAGCGGGGCACAUGGUGCUGCUGGGACUGACGUGAAGGAGUCCAAGAAGGAUGCCCUGCAGCCACCUGCUCCUGAGCUGGGCCUAAAGCCUGAGGCCAAUGGGGAGCCCCUGGCUGAAGCAGCUGUGCCGGAGAAGCCUGAGGUGGAGCUCAGCAACCUGGUGACCUGCUCCAAGUUGGCGCAGUCGCAGGCGUCCCUGCGCUCGGCCUCCUCGGUGGGCUCCGUGCGGGGCGACGAAGGUGGGGCUUAUUCGGAAUUCUUUGGGGAUUACGUGCCCCUGUUCGAUAAUCGGCAGGACCCCGAUAACAUCAGUCUGCAAGAGCAAGAGGCAGAGGUGGAGGCGGAGGACAGCGAUAAGGCUGGGCAGGGGAGCUUCAAGCUGGAGGGAUCGUGGCUGAAGCUGCGCCAGUUCCACGGGCUGAUCGUCAAACGCUUCCACUGCGCCAAGCGCAACACCAAGGCCCUCUUCUCGCAGAUCCUCCUGCCUGCCUUCUUCGUCUGCGUGGCCAUGACAGUGGCGCUGUCCGUGCCCGAAAUAGGUGACCUGCCACCCCUCAUCCUCUCACCAUCGCAGUACCACAACUACACCCAGCCCAAGGGCAACUUCAUUCCUUAUGCCAACGAGGAGCGGCGUGAGUACCGCAUCAGGCUUUCUCCCGAUGCCAGCCCCCAGCAGCUGGUGAACACUUUCCACCUGCCUUCUGGUGUGGGGGCCACCUGCGUGCUCAAGACAGCCUUCAACAACACACUGGACCAGCCCAUGCAGACCCUCAACCUCAACAGCAACGAAUCCAAGAUGCUGGCAGCCAAGUACUUUGACGCCAUGUGCAUUGACUCCUUCACCCAGGGCCUGCCGCUCUCCAACUUUGUGCCGCCACCUCCAUCCCCGGCCCCCUCUGACUACCCUGUCUCGGUGGAUGAGGACCUGCUCCGUGCCUGGAACUCCACAACCUUCUCUGCUGCCAUAAAAGAGACUGUGACCUCAGCCCCUGCCCUGCCCCACAUCAUCCACGAGCCCAUCAAGUGCACAUGCUCCAUGCAGGGGACUGGCUUCUCCUGCCCCAGUGGUGUGGGGGGCCACCCCCCACAGAUGAAGGUGGUGACGGGGGACAUCCUGGCAGACAUCACAGGGCGCAACGUCUCUGAAUAUCUGCUCUACACCUCGGACCGCUUCCGGCUGCACAGGUACGGGGCACUCACCUUCGGCAACGUUCAGAAAUCCAUCCCGGCCUCCUUCGGGGCCCGGGCUCCUGCCACAGUGCGCAAGAUUGCUGUCCGGAGAACGGCCCAGGUCUUCUACAACAACAAGGGCUACCACAGCAUGCCCACCUACCUCAAUGCUCUCAACAACGCCAUCCUGCGAGCCAAUUUGCCCAAGAGCAAAGGCAACCCUGCUGCCUACGGCAUCACUGUCACCAACCACCCCAUGAACAAGACGAGCGCCAGCCUGUCCCUGGAUUACCUCCUGCAAGGCACGGAUGUGGUGAUUGCCAUCUUCAUCAUUGUGGCCAUGUCCUUCGUGCCAGCCAGCUUUGUGGUGUUCCUGGUGGCUGAAAAGGCCACCAAGGCCAAACACCUGCAGUUUGUGAGUGGCUGUGACCCUGUCAUCUACUGGUUGGCUAACUACGUGUGGGACAUGCUGAACUACCUGGUGCCAGCCACAUGCUGCAUCAUCAUCCUGUUCGUAUUUGACCUCCCAGCAUACACCUCUCCCACCAACUUCCCCGCUGUCCUCUCCCUCUUCCUGCUCUACGGCUGGUCCAUCACUCCCAUCAUGUACCCUGCCUCCUUCUGGUUCGAGGUGCCCAGCUCCGCCUAUGUCUUCCUCAUUGUCAUCAACCUCUUCAUCGGCAUCACAGCCACCGUUGCCACGUUCCUGCUGCAGCUCUUUGAGCAUGACAAGGAUCUGAAGGUGGUGAACAGCUACCUGAAGAGCUGCUUCCUUGUAUUCCCUAACUACAACCUGGGCCAUGGCUUGAUGGAGAUGGCCUACAAUGAGUACAUCAAUGAAUACUAUGCCAAGAUCGGGCAGUUCGAUAAAAUGAAAUCACCCUUCGAAUGGGAUAUCGUGACACGGGGACUUGUAGCAAUGACAAUUGAAGGCUUCAUCGGCUUCUUCAUCACCAUCAUGUGUCAGUACAACUUCUUCCGGAAGCCCCAGCGGCUGCCUGUCUCCACCAAACCCAUCGAGGACGACAUUGAUGUGGCCAAUGAGCGGUACCGUGUCCUGCGCGGCGACGCCGACAAUGACAUGCUCAAGAUUGAAAACCUCACCAAGGUGUACAAGUCCCGCAAGAUAGGGCGCAUCCUGGCCGUGGACCGGCUGUGUGUGGGUGUGCGGCCCGGGGAGUGCUUCGGGCUGCUGGGCGUCAAUGGCGCGGGCAAGACGACCACCUUCAAGAUGCUGACAGGGGAUGAGAGCACCACAGGUGGAGAGGCCUUCGUUAAUGGGCACAGCAUCCUGAAGGAGCUCCUGCAGGUCCAGCAGAGCUUGGGCUACUGCCCCCAGUUCGAUGCGCUCUUCGAUGAGCUGACGGCCCAGGAGCACCUAGAGCUCUACACCCGCCUGCGUGGCAUCCCCUGGAAGGACGAGGAGCGGGUGGUCAAGUGGGCACUGAAGAAGCUGGAGCUGACCAAGUACGCUGACAAGCCUGCCAGCACCUACAGCGGAGGCAACAAGAGGAAGCUGUCCACAGCCAUCGCACUGAUCGGAUACCCAGCCUUCAUCUUCCUGGAUGAGCCCACCACAGGGAUGGACCCCAAGGCACGGCGAUUCUUAUGGAACCUCAUCCUGGAUGUCAUCAAAACGGGUCGCUCCGUGGUGCUCACAUCUCACAGCAUGGAGGAGUGCGAGGCGCUCUGCACUCGCUUGGCCAUUAUGGUGAAUGGGCGGCUCAAGUGUCUUGGGAGCAUCCAGCACCUGAAGAACCGGUUUGGAGAUGGCUACAUGAUCACGGUGCGCACCAAGUCCAGCCUCAACGUCAAAGAGGUGGUGAGGUUCUUCAACCGCAACUUCCCUGAGGCCAUCCUCAAGGAGCGUCACCAUACCAAGGCCCAGUACCAGCUGAAGUCGGACCAGAUCUCACUGGCACAGGUGUUCAGCAAGAUGGAGCAGGUGGUGGAUGUGCUGGGCAUCGAAGACUACUCUGUCAGCCAGACAACGCUGGACAAUGUGUUUGUGAAUUUUGCCAAGAAGCAAAGUGACAACCUGGAGCAGCAGGAGACGAGCCCCAGCUGUGCCCUGCAGUCACCCCUGGAGCGUGUGCUGAGCCUGCUGCGCCCCCGGGCUGCCCCCACAGAGCUGCGGGCCCUCGUUGUGGAGGAGCAGGAGGACCUGGAGACAGACGACGAAGGCCUAAUCAGCUUUGAGGAGGAGAGGGCUCAGCUGUCGUUCAACACAGACACACUGUGCUGAGACCCCAGGGACAGCCAUGUCCCCUGGUUGUGAAGCCACUGAACCCUUUUAGCCUCUUUCCACCCUUCGCCCCACUGAGCGGAGCUGCUGCAGCUGGAGGUGCGUGCCAGAGAGGACAUGGUGGGUAUGGUGCUGGCCUGUAUGGACCUCGCAAGUCACCUUCAGCUCCAGGGCAGUGUCACUGUGGUGCCAGGGGCCAUCAUCCUCGGCCGGCUCACCUGGCCAGCGUGUACCAAUGGACAGACUGCGAAGAGGAUGCAGAGUGGCUCCAGUUGCCAAGCCCUGCACGCUGUGUGGCGGGGAUGAGGCCUGUGAGCUGUGCCUUCGGUUGGAUGCCCAUGUUGCACCCACCCUGGGGACGCCCAGCUGUGGGGAUGCCCCCCUGCCCCAGCACUGGCACCACCUCAGGCCUGGUCCAGGCAGAACCAGAGGAAGGACAGCUGCUUUCGCCUUGUUUCCAUCACCCCUGGCUUGCCGCUUGCCCAUGGCACUGUAGGGGCCUUGGCGUCCAGCACUGCAAAGGCAGGAGAUCUGGUGCUUCACUCACGGUUGGUUUCCGUCACUGACGGGAUGUCACCGGUGGGCCUUCAGCCUGCCCAGGACAGGGGCCUCAGCCUGGCAGGUGCAUCCUGCCCACCCACACUGCUGCCAGCCACGGGGUCUGGCCGCCCUGGCCCUGCCCGGCCUCGCCAUGCGUGCACUAGGCACUCGGCACUGUCCCCGGGGCCGGGCAGCAGCACCCCUGCAGAUGGGCACGAGGUGGGGCAGAGGGGUAUUUCACAGGGUAUUUCACAUGCUGGCACCAGCUGUUUCUCCCCUCUGCCCCCAACCACGUCCCUCCCAGAGUCCCUCACGCCGCCUCCUGCCUGCCCUCACCACCCGCUUCCACCACCACGGGGCAUCGCUGUGGCUGUGCCACCUUUCCGCUGUGACCCCCUCCUUUUCCCCCUUGGCCUGGCACUCAUUGCUCAAUGUCCAGACCUGUAGAGGAGCCACCUGCACUCACGGGUUUCUUAUUGUUGGGCCACUGGUGAUACUGGGAGAGGAGCUGCUGCAACCCAGGCUGUCUUUUGAAGCUGGGAGCGUGGUGGCCUUGAGCUAGGAGAACAAAAGAGCUCGCCUGGGCACUGGCAAAACCUGGCAGUGGUGCCAGGGGGUGGAGGGGCUGGCAGUGUCACCAGGGCCUGCAAUGUCACCUGGGGCUGGCAGUGGGCAUGCCCUCGGCCAGCAGUGCCCCUCCUUUCUGCAGAGGGUCCUGCUGCCUUGUCACCUACAGGGGCCGUACCCAGCACCCGCAGCCUAGCAGCAUCCCCCAGCCCAUGGCUCUCCAGCAACUCGCAGCUGUGCCCAGAGGUGGGGUGACGGCAGGGCCUAUGACACUGAUCCCGACCACUCACCCCCUGGGUGUCCCAGGCCUUUGCAGCACCCUGGGGUAGCCAUGCACAGUUCCCCUCUUCUUCCCAGGGAGCACACGGGGCCAGGUGGCCCAUGUGUGCCGCACUGCCCUUUCUGCCUCAAGGGCAACAGGGUCAGCUGGAGGCCCCGAGCUGGCUCCUGCCCACUGGGAAGCAGGCAGAACCAGGUACCCCAGCUCGCUGCUGUGGGGCAGAGCACCACGUGGACAGGCGCAUGGGACCAGCCCUGGCCCCACUCAAGGGCACAGGAGCAGGGGCGGAGCCAGGUGGCAGCUCACACUCUGCUGUCCCUGUGUCCUCGGUCCUGCCAGUCCUGUAUGCCACCUGCUAUAGAUUGUGAUACAAUAUACAGUAUUUUCAAUAGGGGAAACACUCGGGGGGUGGGUGGGUGGGGAGAUAAGCUCUAUUUUCAGAUUUUUUCAGACCAUAUUUUUUUUUAACGGCAUACUGGAAACUGGCUGGUCCUGGGGUGGGGUGGAUGGCACAGGUAGGCAGCCCCGACCUGGGGUGACCCCUGCUGCCUUGCUGGGCGUGCUCUGCCUUCCUGGGUGGGCGCUGGGGGGCAAGCCAGCUCAGGGUUAGCCCUUGGUCACCUUUGGGUCCCCAGCUGUGACCUCAGUGGGGGGACCCUCGGGGCCUCCCAAGGUGUCCAUAGUGCCGUACUCUGGCCAGGGCUUUGUCCUCACCUGGCACCCACUCUGCUGCUCAGGGCUCUGGGAGGGCACCGGCACCGUGGGGACAGAGUCCCCGCCUGCACCCUCUGCAGCGCUGUCCCCACCUGCUGCUGUGCCACCAUCCCCAUGCCCUGUGGCUUUUGACGGUCAAUGGCGAUGCUUUUGUGCCCCCAGUACGGUGUGCCCAGCACAGCCUGGAUGGCUGCAGUGGCCUCCCCACCCUGAGCUCAGGGCUGCCUGCUGGGGGCACCCCGAGGGUGGCAGUGGGGUGGGAGUACGAGGGCAUUGCCCCAGGGCAGGGGUGGCUGCUGCCUUAACACUAUUUGCUUUGUUGAGUUUGGCCCCGCUUCCUGCCUCAAUUCCCUCUGCAUGUCCUUGGCCAACAGCCACAGGCACAGCACCGGUGUCACGCAUGGCCCCAGGCAUGGGGCACCCGGAGGGGUGGGGACACCUUGGAGGAGCCUGUACAUUGCAAGCAAAAAAAAACAAUGAAAUGUGAAAACAAUGAUUGUUUUAAAUAAAAAAUAAUAACGA